AUGCCUCUAAGGUGGAUCAGCGUCAUGUGGGUGAUCAUCCAGCCAGGCUGGGUCCUCCUCCCCUGGGCCGCACCACCACCCCUGAGCCUUAACCUCCCCCAGUCCGGGUUUCAGGUGAAGAAGAAGAGUGGCUUCCAGAUAACUAGCGUGACCCCAGCCCAGGUCUCUGUUAGCACCAACAACAGCACAGCAGACGACACAGAGAGUUAUGAUGACAUGGAUGAAUCCCACACAGAGGACCUGUCCUCCUCUGAAAUGCAGGAAGCGUCCGUAUCUCGGGACACCGGCGUCCCUGAGAGGAGCUCCUCGGACGAGACCCUGAACAGCCCCCAUGGGGUGGAGACCCCAGGCGCAGCGUCCCCUAAUGAACCCCUGAACCCUCACUCCCUACCCCAGGACCCUCCGUGCGAACCCCUGCAGCCUCAGGACCCUCCACAGCCUGGUAACAUGGAGAAUGGGACUGUGCAUCAUCUGCAAGAGAAUGUGGUGCCAGCAGCCUUUACUGUCUCAGUGGCAGGGGGGAGUUCCUCUGAAAUGGCUGGGCCCAACCAGACCCAGAUGGGGCAGGGUAUGGUGGAGAAUACCACCGCCCAGGUCUCUGUUACCAUCACUGCUGGGCCAGGCAUGGAUGUGUCAUCUAUAGUCAGUGGUAGUGGUGUCCCUCCCUCUGCGGGCCCUGUAAUCUUUGACAGUAGUGGAGGCCGGCAAGGGACAUCCAGUGGAGUAGGGGCUCUCCCUGGAGGCACAGGGCCCACCAAUAGCACUCAGAUUGGGGUGUCAGUAGCAGUGGCACAGCCUGUGACCUCCAGCACCCAGACACAACAGACCCAAGCCACACCGGGGUCUCGCUUCAGAGUGGUGAAGCUGGACUCUAACUCAGAGCCGUUCCGCAAGGGAAGAUGGGUAUGUACAGAGUACUAUGAGAAGGAGCUUCCCCCUGCCGGGCCCACUUCUGACCCUGCACCCAGCGCUGCCGGCCCAGAGAGCCAAGCAGGGAAUGGAAGUGUGGUGGCCGGUGUUGUCCAAUACAGAGGCACAGAGAUGGGAGCAGUGGCACCCCAGACCUUUCAGCCAUACCAGCACCAGGACUACACCAGCCCUGAGACUGUCCAGAACUCUCUGCAGGCCCACAUGGUCCCUCAGGACCCUAACCCUCUCCUGUUGCAGCAGACCAGCAUGGUCCCCCUUGGUACUCUACCAGCAGCCCCCCAGGUGAAUGCCCAGGGCGCUCGGAGUCAGGCCAUGCCCCAGCAGAUGCCCUAUGAUAUGGAGCAUGCCCAGACAGGCUACCCCACGCCCCAGCUCCCAGCGGGGCUCGUGAGCCAGACAGGCAGCCGGCCUCCAGACUUCAUUCAGCCUACGGCUCCUCUCCAGUCCCAGGUCCUCCCCCACACCCUGGCUGUCCCUCAACCCCUUCUGAGUCAGCUCCAGAACCUCCCAGCUCAGCAGCUGCACCCUCAUCCCCAGCACCCCUCCGCCCCUUUCGUGACCACACUCCGAGCUGACCUCCAGCCCCUCCUGACUCACGGGGUGCCCCUCAGCCACACCAGCCUGGCCCAAAGCGGGGCUCUGUACGGGGGAAGCAUCCCCACCCUAACGGCAUCCCAGCUGGAGGAUGCCCAGAGGCUGCUGUUCAAACGCCAGUCCCUGCUGACGCUGCCCCGGCUGGGGGCUGCAGGAGGAGGCAUGGCUGGAGAUGCCAGUGCCUUAGUGGCCGCUGCUGCAAGCCUGAGGACACAGUCUGCAGAUGGAGAGGAGGACAGCUCUUCUGGUGCCAGUUUGGUGGCCAUCGACAAUAAAAUCGAACAAGCAAUGGACCUGGUGAAGAGCCACCUGAUGUAUGCUGUGAGAGAGGAGGUAGAUGUGUUGAAGGAACAGAUUAAGGAGCUGGUCGAGAGGAACUCCCAGUUGGAGCAGGAGAACAGCCUGCUGAAAACCCUGGCCAGCCCAGAGCAGAUGGCUCAGUUCCAGGCUCAGGUCCAGCCCAGCUCUGGCUCCCCGACAGGGACCGGCUCCUCUAACCCUCAGCCCCUGCCGUCCUCACAGAGCUCUGGGACCUCUACAUAGCCCCCCCUCCUCGGAGAGACGUACGCAGGGAGGAGGAGGAGGGAGGAGAAUAAUCCUCACUGUGAUCUGACCUCAUGCAAAGCAACAAGAACCACUAUGGCUGAAACAAGGAGAGACCGCUACAAAAAUAAAAUCAUGUUUUGCACAUUUUAUUUAACUGACCAAAGACGAUGAUGGACACUUGUGUGUCAGGUGAUCUCUUAGCUUGGGAUGCUUCAGACGAUCGCCAUGGAGACCAGGGAGGUGAAUGGAACAGAGGGACAGUUGUCAUGGAGAUGAAACAGACAACACCCGCUACACUGUCUUCAGAUCUCUGCAGUGACUGUUGAAUUGUGCCGUUGCUGCCAUUUCUUUACAUUUUUUCAUUUUGUUGUCAGUGUUGGAUUAUUACCUAGCUGUGAAUUGAAUCAAAGAAACAGAAAUGAGGUGCAUUAUCUGUAGGGACCAUUAAAGAGGAAACCAGACCCAUCUGGUAUGGGGUGCAGAGUGGAACAUACAGGGCAUUCAGAAAUAAAGUCAGACCACUUUAGUUUUUCCACAUUUUGUUGCAAAACAGUUUUUUUUUGUAAUUUUGUAAUA